CGGCGGUGAUCCUGACUCUGUGUAUAUUAUCCAAUGAAAACUAUUCUUAUAUAUAUUUUGUUCCAUUAACUGUUGUAAAAGUGUUAUGAGUGGUCCCUGCUGAUGUUCAAAGAAGAAAUAUGAGCUGAAUAUAAGCUACGGCUUGAGUCAAAUGACGAUGAGGACAUUAAAGUUAUGGGUUCACAACAGAAGUUAUAAUGACACAGGAGAUGAUAUCCUUAUCAAUCCAAAAGACUUCCCUGAUGUUAGCAAGGGAGAUGUUUUAGAAAUCUACCACCCUGAAGAUGAAUACAGUCGUCUGUUGCUGCAAGUUACUGCUCUCGCAGAUGAUUUUAAUCAGAAAGAUAUCAUAAGCAUAGAACAGUCUAUAGCUACACAGUUCCAGCUGCGAGCCUAUAAAGAAGUGCAUGUCAGUAAAGUCAGCCCUAAGGAUGUUGCGCUUGAUCUUGUGGAGCUUCUGUUUAAAGAUCAGUACCUCAGUCGCAGUGACAUGUGGCGACUACGACAUGGCCUUGUCAACACUUGUGCUUAUCUUACCAAGAAGAUAGAGGAUGCCCAGAUGAGGGCUCAGGUUAACGAGCUCUGGGCAAAAGGUGAUCGUGUGACAUGUGGAAUGAUUACAGAGGACACAAGAAUUGUAUUUCGGUCAUCAACAGCAGUGGUCCAGAUCUUCAUCCAGAUGAGCUCUGAGAUGUGGGACUUCGACAUCAAUGGAGACUUGUACUUUGAAAAAGCUGUUAAUGGAUUUUUAACUGACUUAUUUGCUAAGUGGAAGAACCAGAACUGCCUACAUGAUGUGACCAUAGUGCUGUUCUCACGAACUUUCUACAAAGCAACAUCUCGAGAGGAAUUUCCAGCUGGAGUAAGAGAUUGUAUACAGGUGGACUAUCAGGGACGGUACUAUGAGGACUUCUACAGGGUGUUGGUUCAGAAUGAGCGUUACGAUGACUGGACAAGAACAAUUAAGACAUUGAGGAAACUUUUUAAUGAAUAUCCUCAACGAGUCCUCCAUUACCACAAGGUCAAAGGUCAAAAGAUGCCCAAGGCCUGGAAUUCUACUGCCUCUCAGGGAAACUUUCUGGAAACACUCAACAUGUCUCUGAAUUUGUUAGAGAAGCACUAUGUGGACAGAAAUUUUGAUAGAACUGGUAAGGUGGCUGUGGUAAUCACACCUGGACCAGGUGUGUUUGAGGUGGAUAGAGAGCUGACCAACAUCACUAAACAGAGAACUAUAGAUUGUGGUGUGGGCAGUGACCUUGUGUGUAUGGGGGAACAGCCUCUACAUGCAGCACCUCUCUUUAAGUUCCAUAACCGCCAUCUGAAGGCCACUCUUCAGGUCGGGGAUGACUACAACAUCCCACACUGGAUGAACCACAGCUUCUACCUGUCAAAGAAUCAGAUUCAGGCUCAUCUCCACGGUAGCUUCAUCCCACGUAUCAAACCUCCCCAGCAAGCAAAGGAGAAGAAAUCCAAGUCUAAAGACAGAGUGGCUGACUUUCCAGUAUAUACCCCCAGCAGCACUACUGCGGACAAUGACAAUUUUCCCUUUGUGGAUUAUGAUGAGUAUGAUGCCCAAGUGUUUAAGCUUCCAACUCACAACUUCUCUCUUACUGGUAGAAUGAAGAAAAAGAAAGCAAAGAAAGAACCACAGACAUACAUGGAGGCCAAAAAGGCCCAUAAGGGGCGAAUAAGACGAUCAUCUGAUGACAUCCUGCUGGAGAGAGUGCUUACUGCUGAUCGUAUGGAUGGGGCUAUCUCCAUCCCCGUCCGGUCCAACAGUGGGGAUGAAAUCUCCUCCUCAGUACCAGCCAGCGACAAGUGUCAUACGAAGGACCUGGAGGGCUCGUCUGAUGACGAGUGGGAGUCUGUACGACCAAUAUUUGGAAGUGCUGGAUCUUCAUACUUUCACUCAAAGCAUCUCUCAUCCACGACCUUAUCUCGUCGUGCUCUGAUCAAUCCAUUUGCUCCAUCCACCAUGCAUUUCAAGAUGACUUCUAAUCGGCGCCGAUGGAUUCAUGCUUUUCCAACAGAUCCACAAGGAGCUGCUGUCCAGACUCACCACUUUCGUACAUUUUCUGAUAAUGAGGAAAUUGAUGACAGCUUUGAUCAUCACUCAAAAGAGUCAAGUUACCUGACAGUGGAUGCAAUAAAGCAGAGCUCAUGGACACAGGACAGUAAAGAAGGGUCAGAGAACACCAGUUCAGACCAGACAUCAAUGGUUGGAUCAGUUGGGUAUGCAGCCUUAAAUACAUCCCAGCAAGCUGUUAGCUCUUCACUGGGAUCCAACACUUCCUUCUUGCAGGACUACAAUAAACUGCCACUGAAUAACCCCUCGUCCAGGGAAGGUCAGAGGUCAUGGGUGUGGGGUCCCACAGGGGAACAAGAGUGGAGUCCUAACAUGACUACAGGACAUGAUUGGCGCCCCCUGGAGUACGAUAAAGCAGCAAGCAGCAAGUCCUGUCUCGUCAAGCCUAUACUUAAUGCUGAUAUAAACUCUAAAAAAUUCUGUGCCUGCAUAAGUGUGGACUGGAAGUCACUGACCAUACCUGCCUCCCUCCCUAUCACCACCGACUACUUCCCUGGCAAGAAGAGUCUGCAGACAGACUAUGUUUUUGCUACCUAUAGUUUGCUUCCUGAACAGGAUUGUGACUACGGCAUGGAUUACCAGAGUCUUUCCACAGAUGAGAGGUAUUUUAAGAGGAAGAACCUGACAUCAAAGCAGGUGUUUAAAGAACUGGUUUCCCAACGUCUGUCUCAAGGAUUCCAAGUCAUUGUCAAUAAGUCACCAAGCUCUAAAUCCCAACAGGUGUCACUAGGCUCCAGUCCGCAGUACCAACACACUGUGGGACUUAUCCGGGCAAGAGCCCGCACAGAACAGUCGGAGGAAUGUUAUCUGAGUAUAGGAAGAAUAUUUCAUAAAGUCUCUGUCACGGGACCUGAAAUUACUGUCACCAGGUACAGCCCCAGACACCCAGGACCAGAGCUGAAGCUCCCGUACUGUUACCGCUUCCAGGCCCCGGACUCCCUUAGCUACGAUGUGUCCUGGAGUGAGUUUCGUAACGAAAAACUGGAGAACUACAAUUGGAACUACCUAGAUCAGUACAUCUGUACCCGAGGGGAGGGGGACUAUGGUCUGGUGGAGUCACUGAAGUUCUGGAGGAGUCGUUUCCUUAUCAUGCCCUGUAACAACCCGGCUACAAAAAAAAUCAUUGAUGGUCAUCCAAGAUGUGAUAUAUAUGAAGAAAAAACAAUGGUGGAGUACCAGAACUUGGUACACGGAUUUGUACGCAUGAUUGAGAUCCUGAACCGAUUGAAGAGGACAGCCAAAAGGUCAAAGCUGUCGGGAGAUUCCUCAGUAAGUGGUACUGCCUCAGAGUCCAGUAAAACCGUCCCAGCCCCAGGGGGAGAAGCAAACUCACGACCCAAAGAUGUGGACACCCUGACGCCUGGUUCUCCUCCAACCAAACUAAUCGAAGCCAUGUUAGACACUCAAUUUGGUCUGCCGUUCCUCAGUAAACAGCCAGGUUUACCUAGUAACUGUUUCAUCGCAGAGGAGGCAGUCACAUGGUGUAUACAGAACAUCCAGGGUGUGGAGAUAACAAGUCAAGCUGUCAACCUCCUACAGGGACUUGUGCAGGACAAGCUAAUACUGCAUGCCUCCUGGAAUCCCAACCACAAGUUUGUUCAUGGGUUCUACUUCUACUGUAUCCCACAGGUCAAGGACAAGGGGAAAGAUAUUGAGCAGCAGCCAGCAAACCCCUUGUUCCAAAGGAAUUUUUUUGAGGUGACUUUCUUACCAGUGGAUGAACAAGACAGUCAGUGUCAGCCAUCGUCACACCUCAAUGAUCCCAAUAGGUCGCGAUCCCUCUCCUCUAUCAACCCUGCCACAGAUGACUGGAGAAUGGAGAUGAGUAUGGACACAGACAUUAUGAAGUGGGGGCAACAGUCUGCAACACUCCUCCACAAAUUUGUCACCAUUGAUGUGGAUGUAUUAGACAAGAGUGACCGACCGGAGUGGGCUACGGUACGAUACCACUCAUACUAUAGCCCUGCCUGUGCUUUCCAGCUACAGAUUCAGUGGAUGGUGGCAACAGGCAGUAUCCUUGGUGAACUGGUGUAUAGCUGGGCCAGGAAGAUGAGCAGUUGUGGAUUUCACAUGAUACCUGUACCUGUGGACCCCUUCGCUCUGCCAUCUGCCCCAGACUCGGACUCCCUCCGUGGACCCAUAUUUGUACCUCUUGACAUCGACUGUUUGUCAGAAGGGGGAACAAGCAUCACAAAAGGACACGGUCAGAGUUGGAGAGAAAAACUUCACAGCUUCCAAAUAGCCAUUAUCAGACGGUUUGGUUUCAUGCCUGCUGGUGUGCGGGACAUCUCAGAAGAUGCCUAUCCCAUGGGUCAAGGAGAGGAUUAUAGCCACUAUGUCCACUGUACAGGUGGAAACUUUAUAUUGAUGGAGGACAGUCACGUCUCUUCACCUGUGGUAAAGGACACACCCUACAGUUCCAGCUUUAACAAGAAAUCUACGGCAGAGCUCCGUAAAGACUACAUUAAGCGUUCACAGUCUAGUCAGUUCCAACAACCAGAACAGGAGGCUGAGAGUAAGAUUGGCUAUCUCUGGUCCUGGAACUUUAUGUCUUCUAAAAGAUGGCGAUCAGGAAAUACAGGCGACGAAUUCUUUCAAGAUAAAAUGUUAGCUGAUUUCCGUGAUUUUUGCUCAAACAAGGAAAAUCGACUACAAGAAUUUUGGUUAGAAUGGUAUAAUCCUUUUCAGCUGCCUAUGUUAGGCAAGGAAACCACCAUGUGAUGUCAUCGGUCAAAAAAUUCCUGAUAUAAAUAGAAUAUGUAGUACUAGGUUUGUGAUAGAGUCAGAGGUCAAAGAGUUCAUCCUCAGAAUCUUUUCAGUCCAUAGCUUCUUCUGUAUAACAUCUUACUCACAAACAAGUGGAUUAUUUUAUGUUUAAGACACACUGAUAUGUUAAGUUUUGCCAGAAAUCUGGUAUGUCAAGUUUUGCCAGAAAUCUAUAUGCAAUUUUUUUUCACAGAAUUUACUCUCGUCUUCAUGUUGUUGGGCAAGCAUGUUGCACUUUAUGGCAGACAUCAACUACAACUUAUUAUGCCCCCACGAAAAAUUUUCAGGGGAACACAUAAUCGCUGCCAAGCCCUUUUAUCUGUCCAUCCUUUCAUAUCUGGAUCAUAAUUUUCCCACAAUUAAGCAAGAAACAUGAAAGUUAGUGUAUAUAUUGAUUAUGCAAAGAAAAUGUGCUGUGUACCCUAUUCAGGGCCUUAGACCCCUCAAUUACAGAGUUAUUGCCCUUUUUAAAAAAUAUCAUGUGUAGAGCAUGAUUUAGCAUGCAUUUAAGGUAGGAUAAUGAAACAGGGUUUAUACAUUGAUCAUGGGAAGACAAUGUGCAAUGUACCAAUGUUAGGUCCUACAGCCCCUUGAUUACAGAGGUAUUGCCCCUUGUUAGAAUUUUGUGUCAUGAGCAUGAUUUCGCCUGCAUUUAAACUAGGAUAUUGAAACAUCAUGUACACAUCAGUCAUACAAAAGAAUGGUGCAGUGUAGCAUAGUCAGGGUCCAUGACCCCUUUGUACAGAGUUGUUGCCCUUUGUUAAAAUUUGUGUUGUGAGAAUAGCUUUGCUAGGAUCAUAAAACUUGUUGUAUACAUUGGUGACAGAUUACAGAGUUAUUGUCCUUUGUUAUAAUGUUAAGUCAAAGAAGUGGUUUUGAGGAAGCUUUCAUCAAUUUCACUGAUACUGUUUUCUCAUUAUUUACUAAUGAAUUUCUAAUCUUGAUUGUCCAGCAUAAAAAGUUUAUCAUGUACUAAGAGAUAAAGAAACUAAUUCUUUUACUCAAGGUCCAGACAAUGUACAAGACCGUUUAAUAAAAGUCUUUACAAUGUUCAUUAUAAGAAGCAAGAAGGCAACAGAUUUUGAAUUAUUUCCUACGUAAUCGGCAAAAUCAGACUUAAAUUGUUGUAAUCUCAGUAACAGAAUGUCCUGAUAAAUCUUAAUGGAAAGGUGGAUGAGAUGAUGUAGAUCACUAACUACAAUUUUUGUACGUAAUACCAGGGACGUAUAUGACAGACAUAUACGUCCCUGGUAAUACACAGAUACACAACAGAUGUCUUUAGAAGUCUUGGUACAGGAACAAAGUUGCUGGAAGAAAAAUCCUUUUUACAACAUUUUGAUUGUUCCUAUAUGCCAAUGUUACACAUUAGAAUGGCUUGGCACAACACUCUGGCCCAAAGUUGUGUAUUUAUUUAUUAAUCAAUUAAAUGGUUUUCUCACAUGGUCGAUCAUAUAUAAAGAUGGUCGCUAUGCCAAUAAAUGUGAGCGAACAA